ACAGCGGUGGUCUCGCUCGCACUGAUAAAUGUAAACUGAUACCGACCGUGCGACGUCCGGCCAUGGCAAGGCGCAGGUUUGCCUUUUCGCUGCGAACGCAACAAAUUUUCACCCACAAAUUGUCACCGUGCACCGUACGUAGUAGUAGUAGUGUGAAAUAGGAGAGCAGAAAGGAUAAACACACCCACACUUAAGGUUGGGCAAAGUCCUUGUUUUCCGUGGUGCAAAGAAAGGAUAAGGAUAACAGGGAAGGCUAAAAACGCCGACACGAUGGAAGGCAUACUGGUGUUUGACCAGACGAACGAUUUAAUCUACCACAACUUCAACGAAGCGAUGCGGGAAAAAAUGUCCAAGCAGGCGUACGAUUUGGGCCUGCUGGAUGAGGAAUCGGUGUGUCCAACGCAGGAGCUGAACUCGAACGUGCUGAUACAAAUCUUCAGCCCGCUGCUGGCCUCGCAGCGGAUCAUGAUGUGCCAGUUCGACAACGCGUACACCGCGAUCCAGAUGGAGAACAACCUGAACGUCGUGUUUGACGAGUUUUUAGGGUAUAUUUUCCUCGAGAUCAGCACCAAAGAAGUCGAUCUGGUGAAGCGUGAGCUGGGAGCGUUCAUUGCCUUCAUUAAGUACAUCUGUGGACCAAACAUUUUCACAAUUAAAAACGAUACAACAAAGGCGGAACACCUAACCGAGCUUAUCCUCACCUACCGGGAGCUGUACGCCAUCAACCAGGGCGUGCUGAUGGAAGCGAUCGAGCAGCUGCUGGUGAACGUGGACGUGAAGAGUACGGUGGUGAACGCACUGCAGGCAGCCACCGACCGGCUAAAGCAGGACCCACACUCCCAGCGCUCCCAUUCGCUGCUCUUCGUCGGCAGCAAGUUUCUCGCCCGGUACAGCACGCGCCAGGCGCAGGAGUUGGCCGCCGUCGACAUGUUCUUCCUUAGCCUGCUCUGCCAGAUGUACAAUCGGCGCAGUGCCACCCAUCGGCAGCGCAUUGAGUCGCGCAUCGUGUUCCUGCAGGGCAGCGUGCACCAGUCGUACGCCGGCUGCGUACCGCACAUCGUGCACGUGGUGCAGCUGUUCGAGCACGUGUCGCUGGUGCUGGUGAUUGAGCAUGCUCACACCGCACUGGCCAGCCACCUGUACGAUGUGUACUUUGCGCUGCACAAGCUGCAGAACCUGCAGAGCCAGUUCGAUCUGGACAAUUUGCGCGGUGCGUUCGAGGCGCUCGAAGCGUACGCGAAGCACACGCUGGAUGCGCUGCGCAAGGUGAAGGCGCACAAUGCCGAGGUGGACGAGUGCAUUCGCACGUUCGGCGUGCGGUGGGACACGUUGCGCAAGAAGUACGCGGAUUACUUUAAAGCAUCGGACAACGCGCUGAUCGUGAAGAUUGAGUCGAACAUGCCGAUGUUUGUGGAGUCGGUGAAGGAGCUGUUCCGGUUGCUGUGCGCCAGCUGUGCCACGCUCGAGCAUGGGUUGCAGCGAGUGAGCGACAUUGCGGACGUGGCGGAGGCAAGCCUGAAGGAGGUGUUCGUGUUCCUGCACGCCAAAUCGCAGAAAAACUUUACCAUGGGAUCAUACAUGGAGGAGUUCCCGGGCAUGGUACACUUCAUGCAUAUAGAUCGGUACAAUGGCCGAAUCGUUGCCCCAUCACUCGACGAUCACGACCCGUCGGACAUUCUGAAGGACAGGAUAUGGUCGAUGGUCGACUUUUCGCGCACCUAUCUGGACAAGGGUUACAUGUCAAUGAUCUGGAAAGAUGUAACGUUCAGCUACGCGUACUUCCUCUGGUUCGAGGACGAGCACGGUGCGACCUUGAAGCCGAACGAGCCGGCGAGCCAUGGGGCGGUACUGCCGGCCACGAAACCGUCGCUGACUGCCGGCAUCUUGGCCGGUGAUUACUAUCAGCGCCUUAUCGAAAGCUGCUUCCCAAGGACACCGUCGAGCAAGGUCCGCUGUUACGAGCUGUUUCUCGUGCACCUAGGGCUCGUCACUUCAACGAUCGUGUUGGAGCACUGUCGCCGGCUAGCCGUUACCAUUACCGAUCUGACGGGAUGCAUUGGGAAUCCGAUCGAUCUACUUUAAGGGCAUGAACAAGCGUAGCUUUACACAGCGUUGUAUGUUACAUCCGAUUGGCUUGAAGUUGUCUUAGUUCAUGCGUACGUUCCAGCAGAUUAGCAUAACGCUGCGCCACAUGGAGAACAUUCCAACCUUCAUUCGCCGGCUGCAUCGGUCUGCAUCCAGCAACGGCACAGUGCAAUGUUUAUUUAUUAGAAAAGUGCCGCCGAGUGCGGCCAUGCAUACCAGAUGGCUGCUACUACUACCAUUACUGCUACCACUACCACUACUACUAUCGCUAACUAAACUUUAUCACCACCUUGAGACGACCACCAGAAGCACAUUUACAUACAUAUUUAUCAAAAUUGAUCGUAUCUUUAGUACACGCAGACACGGCCAGGGCACGGUCGGCUCACACUUUCUGUGCCAAUUCUUCUUUAGAUGGCGUCGUGUGAUCAUCAAGGCAUCACCAUCAUCAUCAUCUUUAUGCAGUGUAUCAAUGACUCCACCGAAAUCAACGUACUAGGUACAAUCUUCGUUUGCAUCGUAUCUUUCCACCAUCCCACCCCCUUCCUAUCCCUCAAAAAGGUUCCUUAGGACGUAGAGGUUUGAUUGAAAGAUUUGCAUUCGAAAGCAAUAUACACACACAGUGUGUCCCCGGAUGUAGAGGGAUAUCAAAGA